AAGAAGAGACUCAGUUUGAGGAAAGAACCACCGGAAGCCUUUAUGGCCAGCUUCUUGGCUGGCCUGGAGAUCUAUCAAACUAAGAUGCUGAACUAUUUGGCAAGAAAUUUCUACAACCUCCGCUUCCUGGCGCUUUUUGUUGCUUUUGCCAUCAACUUCAUUCUUCUCUUCUACAAGGUGACCGGUGAUUACUCAGAGGAGGAAGACCCCUGGAGCCGUAGAGGCAGAACUGGAGAAGAGGAGGAUGAAGGAGCGCUCGAGUGUUUUGUCCUGCAAGAAAGCACCGGCUACAUGGCACCAACGCUCUGCUGUUUGGCCGUUCUACACACUAUCAUUUCUUUCCUGUGUGUAGUGGGAUACUACUACUUAAAGGUGCCUCUGGUAGUAUUUAAACGAGAAAAGGAGAUAGCAAGGAAGUUAGAAUUUGCCGGCCUCUACAUCACUGAGCAGCCGUCCGAUGACGACAUUAAAGGACAGUGGGACAGGCUGGUCAUCAAUACUCCUUCUUUUCCCAACAACUACUGGGAUAAAUUUGUCAAACGCAAGGUGAUAAAAAAGUAUGGAGACCUGUACGGAGCGGAGAGGAUAGCAGAGCUGCUGGGUUUGGACAAGAGUGCUCUGGAUUUCAAUCCCACAGAGGAAACCAUUGCCAAGGAGGCCUCGCUCGUGUCAUGGUUGAGCUCAAUCGAUACAAAAUACCACAUCUGGAAAAUGGGGGUGGUCUUCACAGACAAUUCAUUCCUGUAUCUUGUUUGGUACACCACCAUGUCCAUUCUGGGACACUACAACAACUUCUUCUUUGCUGCACAUCUCCUGGACAUCGCCAUGGGCUUCAAGACGCUGCGCACCAUCCUGUCCUCCGUCACUCACAAUGGCAAACAGAGAAAGCAAGAGGUGCGUCAGUUCCUGACAGCUCUGCCCAGAGAAGACGUUGAUGAUGCUUUCAGCUCAGCUUACAUGCAGAAUAAACGCUUUGAGAUCCCUUCGCUGCGUUCGUGUGAGGAGCAGGACUUUGAGAUGUCAGACCUGGACCCUCAGACCCCGAGGUCUUCACGUUUCCCCGAAGUGAAGACGCCUCAGAAUUUGCAUAUCACUCCUGGGAUGCUCAGUUCCCCCAACACGUAA